UAUUUCAUGUAUUGAUUGGUCGCUUAGACACGAACGCCUUCAUAAGAAUAAGAUCUAGCUAGUAUUAUAAUAUAGUCUACGUCUAAUCUAGACUGAAUUUAAGAUCUAUAUAAUAUAGGGAAAUUACCGUGUAAAUUAUUAAAUUAAAUGUAGAUUAAAAAAACAUUAAAUUAUUAUUAUUAUAUUAUACUAGAUCUAAUUAUUAUAAAUUAUUUAUAGAUCACAGGUGGCAGGUGACGACUGACGUCCAAUAAUAGUACAGUGAACAGUGCGUGUAGGUCCUACUCCUACACUGCCUACACUACAGUGGUAACAGUCUACAGUAUGUAGUACUGUCUAGAGUCUAGACUUAUAUAAGUUAUAAUUAUAGAGUCUAAGUCUAAGAAGUGUGUCUGUGUAGUCAGUGUCACUCACUCACUGUAGUGGUGUAGUGCAUUGUUUGUUUAACUUAGACCUGUUAAUAGCAGUGACUGACUCUGUAAACAACGAUGGCAUUACCCUUUGGUAGCUAUGAUUCAGUCAAAAAUCGCCAGAACAGGUCAUUACUGGCAUCCACUCAAUUUGAAGAUGACUCCUACCACAUUAUGGACAUUGAGAUUGACAAAAAAGGGCUUGAAACAUGCCAGACAGGGCUUUGCAAUCUGGAUGGACAAGAACUAGUUUUACUUAAGUACCAUGAGGUUCCAGAGUUCCUUAGGGGAAACCCUUACGUUGUUCAUGGCUACAGAUCUUUACUGCCCUUCAAUAUGUGUAUGAAAAGUUUGUUGUUUUGGACCAAUGAGACAAUGAAUAUUUGGACUCAUUUUAUGGGUUUCUUUGUGUUCUUACUUCUAGUCCUUUACGACAAUAUCAUUGCAUUGCCAAGUAUGAAUGGCUCCUUGUCAGACCAUAUUAUUUUAACUAUUGGAUUAAGUUGUUUCAUGUUCUGCAUGCUGUGCUCGACUGGCUUCCACAUAUUCUGCUGUCACUCUGAAAGAGCUAGUAGGAGAUGGUUGGCAUUUGACAUGACAGGAGUGACCUUUGGUAUUAUUGGAUGUUACCUCCCUGCUGUACAUUAUGCUUUUUAUUGUCUUUCUAUCUGGAGAGAUCUCUAUAUGAUAUCUAUCACUGUGCUCUCUGCAUGCAUUCUGAUAUUCAAUCUCCAUCCACAUUUUUUCUCACACAAGUGGUUCUACACCAGAAUGGCACUUUACGUUGGACUCACAGCUUAUGGCAUUAUUCCAACUGUACAUUGGAUUUAUCUUAAUGGUGGAAUUUCUUCACAUAUUGUACAGAUGUUUAUACCCAAGGUGACCAUGAUGUACAUGCUUGGCAGUCUGGCCUUUUCAUUUUACAUAACAAAAUUUCCAGAGAGAAUCUUUCCAGGUAAAUUUGAUUUUAUUGGAUCCAGUCAUCAGUUAUGGCAUAUACUUAUUGUGAUUGCCUUCUGCUAUUGGCAUAAAGCUGGUAAAGAAAUUCUCAUGUACAGGAUAGCCCAUGAGUGUCCAGCCUAGUCUUUCAAGUAUUGAUUUUACUUACAAUUCAUUAUGUUAUACAUUUUUGUAUCUAUUUUGUUUUUCUUUGGUUUAGCUUUGUUUUUAAUGCAACCAGUUUUUGUUAAUUACCUUUUUUUAUUGACAUUUAGUCUGUGUUAUAUUGGCUCUCUAAUGCCUCCUAUGAUAACAAGAUAUAGGGUAAUAGGUGCAGCUAUUUAUUGAGUUAUCCAAGAGCUCUUCUGAGUCUGUUCUUGUUGUUGCUUUUUUUUAUUAUAAUAAACACAGAGUACUUUAUUAUUAGAUUAACACUGCUUGUAAGAUACUAUUGAAAAAGUAUUAUUUACAUAGUGACAUGUGAUGUUACUGUAGUUAGAUUUUAAAAAAGCUACAUAUUCAUUGUCACUCCUGAUUCACACCUUGCAGCACUCCUGUGAUAGCACAAACUUCCUAGGUGUCACCUUGAUGUGAAUCAAAUUGAUUGACAGACUUAGACAUCUGAUUAAAUAGUACUACUAAAGUUGAUUUUUCCCCCAGGUUGACUCUCAAAGCCUUCCCAUGUUUGGAUAUAGCUGCAAGGCAGCAGAGGUUUGAAUUCAGAGUUUUCCUUCUCCUAGGUGGGAAGCCAGCCAUGGCGGAUUAUACAAUUAUUUUUUUUUACUUAUUUUGUAAUUUGUGCAGGGUAUACAGGUGUGCGGGUUAUACUUGAAUGCAGGGUAUAUGCGCAAAAAUACGGUAAUAUAGAGCAACUAUUUUAAUUUACAAAACUUCUAUUAAAAAAAAUCUUUUUUUUGUGUACAAGUAGGUAUCAGACACUUGAAUGAAUAGAUAUGAGAAAAAUAGCUUCAUAUUUUUGAAUACCUUUUUAGCUAUAGAGAUUAUGGUUAUAGCCUUUGAGUAGAACUAGUUGACCAAUCUCUUCAUGUCAUUAUCACUCAGUUCUGCUAAGCAUGUCAUUAUCACAGUGUUAGGUAGGAAUCUGACUUUUCAUGUUCCCUCAGAGUUAAAGAAUAUUACAUUUUAGCCCAACACAUACUACACAACCGGGCAGCCAUCCAUAGUUUGCAAUAUGUGUUCAUGAAAUGUUUUAACUUAUUUAAACUUUUUUUUCCAGUGUGUGUGUUUGUAUAUUAUAUAUAUCAUAGUACCGGUAUAGUAAAGUGAAAAAAACAAACAAGUUGUUCUUUUUGUCUAAAAUGGAUGAACAUGCACACUUUCUUUACCCUGGUCAAAAAAAUUUUGGGCUUGUCAGUCUAAAUUUUAAGUAGUUUCUGUCUAAUAGCACAUUCCUAUUUCAUAACUCUUUGCAUUUGGGGAUAGUAUUCUCCUUUUUUGUUAGUUGCUGCUACCUUUUAAUGUGUACAAAAACUUAAUAGGUGAAUUUCCCGUCAAAAAUACCCCCCCCCCCACUACACUUCUUUUGGCUCCAAUGCUUGAAGAAAGUAGAUUGUUGUAUUUGAUUUUAAGUGUUCAUUAUUAAGUAAUGACACCCAGUGUCUUUAAAAGAUUUGUUCCUUGGUCCACACAAUCCCUUCCAACCCAAUAGAGUUGUGAACGAUUGGUUGGAAAUGUCUAGUCCAGAAGAGUAGACCAUUAUUCUACAUUUUAUUUCUUUUGGGGCAUUUUUCUGUAUAUAUUUGAAAACUUCAUAAAUGUUGAACACUUUAUGCUGUGAAAGUUUUGUAGAUUGAAUGAAUUGUUUGUAUGACCAUGAACAAAUUAGUAGGAACAAUUUUUGUCUUCUUUUUGGGAUCAAAAGUAUUGUUAUUAUUAAACACUCAGGCCUAAGUUAUUACAUGUUGAAAUUUUGCUUAACUUAACUUUUUUUUAAGUUGAGCAUUUCCAUAAUAAAUCUAUUUUUGAGAUUAUACUGCUUAAUCCCAUACAACAAUCAUUAAAUUAUUUUUCAAUGAAUAUUUUUUUCUAAUGAGUGAUGAUCAUUUUAACCCCCCCCCCCAUUAUUUAUGUGUUUUAUAGAAGUU